CCUGCACGCCCGCGCCCGGGCCGCCUGGCGCCCCGCCCGCGCCUCAGGACCGCGGGGCCGCGCGGCGCAUCCUGAGGGCGGCGGCGCCUGGGCCGGACGCAAGAUGAUGAAGUUUCGGUUCCGGCGGCAGGGUGCAGACCCGCAGCGCGAGAAGCUCAAACAGGACCUCUUCGCCUUCAACAAGACUGUGGAGCAUGGCUUCCCCAACCAGCCCAGUGCCUUGGCUUUUGACUCUGAGCUUCGAAUCAUGGCAAUUGGCACCAAGUCUGGGGCCAUCAAGAUCUACGGUGCUCCUGGUGUGGAGUUUGCUGGCCUGCACCGAGACACAGCCACGGUCACCCAGAUUCACUUCCUGUCUGGCCAGGGCCGCCUCCUGACACUGCUGGAUGACAGCAGCCUGCACCUCUGGGAGAUUGCCCACCACAGCAGCUGUGCCCGCCUGGAGCAGGUGUGCAGCUUCCAGCCACCCGCCCGGCCCAGCUUUGAUGGAACCAGCGGCCCCCUGAGUCUCGCCCGAGUCACAGUGGUCUUACUGGUGGCUGCAGGCAACAUGGCAGCCCUGGGUACCGAGGGUGGCACUGUCUGCUUCCUGGAUAUUCCCACCCUGAUGCUGUUGGAGGGGCGGACACUGAGCCCAGACGAGGUUCUGCGAAGUGUACCAGAUGAUUACCGGUGCGGGAAGGCACUGGGCCCUGUGGAAUCGCUCCAGGGACACCUGCGGGACCCCAAUAAGAUCCUCAUAGGCUACAGUCGGGGUCUGCUGGUCAUCUGGAACCAGGCCGCACAGUGUGCAGAGCGCGUCUUCCUAGGGAACCAGCAGCUGGAGAGCCUGUGCUGGGAGCGUGGUGGCCACACACUGGUCAGCUCACACAGUGAUGGCAGCUACGCCAUCUGGUCGGCCGAUGGCAGCUCCCCUACUGCACAGCCCGCCGCAGCCACUACGCCCUAUGGCCCUUUCCCCUGUAAAGCCAUCAACAAGAUUCUGUGGCGAAGCUGUGAAUCGGGGGGCCACUUUAUCAUCUUCAGUGGAGGCAUGCCCCGUGCCAGCUAUGGCGACCGCCACUGUGUCAGUGUGCUCCGGGCCGAGACUCUGGUGACACUGGACUUUACCUCCCGUGUCAUUGACUUCUUCACGGUGCAUAGCACGCGGCCUGAGGAUGAAUUUGAUGAGCCCCAGGCCCUGGCCGUGCUGCUCGAAGAGGAGCUGGUAGUAUUGGACCUGCAGACCCCUGGCUGGCCAGCUGUGCCCGCUCCCUACCUGGCUCCUCUGCACUCAUCUGCUAUUACCUGCUCAGCCCAUGUUGCCAAUGUUCCCGCCAAGCUGUGGGCCCGCAUACUGAGUGUGGGCGAGCAGCAGAGCCCUCCGCCUGCCUCCAGUGCCUUGAGCUGGCCCAUCACUGGUGGCCGGAACCUGGCCCAGGAGCCAUUGCAGCGAGGGCUGUUGCUGACUGGCCAUGAAGAUGGCACCGUGCGUUUCUGGGAUGCCUCUGGCGUGGCGCUGCGGCCUCUGUACAAGCUGAGCACAGCCGGCCUCUUCCAGACAGACUGCGAGCACAGCGACAGUCUGGCCCAGGCUGCGGAGGACGACUGGCCACCCUUCCGCAAGGUGGGCUGCUUUGACCCCUACAGCGAUGACCCUCGGCUCGGUGUGCAGAAGGUGGCUCUCUGCAAGUACACGGCCCACAUGGUGGUGGCUGGCACUGCGGGCCAGGUGCUGGUGCUGGAACUGAGUGAUGCACCGUCAGAGCAGGCAGUGAGCGUGGCCAGUGUGGAUCUCCUCCAGGACCGGGAGGGCUUCACGUGGAAAGGCCACGAGCGUCUGAGCCCGCGAACGGGACCACUGCCCUGGCCAGCCGGCUUCCAGCCUCGUGUGUUGAUUCAGUGCCUGCCGCCAGCCGCUGUCACCGCUGUCACCCUCCAUGCAGAGUGGAACCUCGUGGCCUUUGGCACUAGUCAUGGCUUUGGCCUCUUUGACUACCAGCGCAAGUGCUCUGUGCUGGCCAGGUGCACCCUCCACCCCAAUGACUCCCUGGCCAUGGAGGGGCCCCUCUCGCGGGUGAAGUCGCUCAAGAAGUCGCUGCGUCAGUCUUUCCGGCGCAUCCGCAAGAGCCGAGUCUCGGGCAAGAAGCGGGCAGCCAAUGCCAACAGCAAGUUGCAGGAGGCCAAUGCACAGCUGGCAGAGCAGACUUGUCCCCAUGAUGUGGAGAUGACACCCGUGCAGCGCCGCAUCGAGGCCCGUUCGGCCGAUGACUCCCUCUCAGGGGUUGUACGCUGUCUCUACUUUGCAGACACGUUUCUUCGAGACGCCACCCACCAUGGACCCACCAUGUGGGCGGGCACCAACUCAGGCUCUGUGUUUGCCUACGCCCUGGAGGUGCCUGCGGCUGCUACAGGUGGUGAGAAGAGGCCUGAGCGGGCAGUGGAGGCUGUUCUGGGCAAGGAGGUGCAGCUGAUGCACCGCGCCCCUGUGGUGGCCAUUGCGGUGUUGGAUGGGCGUGGCCGUCCACUGCCCGAACCCUAUGAGGCCUCACGGGACCUGGCACAGGCGCCAGACAUGCAGGGCGGCCACUCUGUGCUCAUUGCCUCUGAGGAACAGUUCAAGGUGUUCACGCUGCCCAAAGUGAGUGCCAAGACCAAGUUCAAGCUGACAGCCCAUGAGGGCUGUCGUGUGCGCAAGGCGGCCCUGGCCACAUUCACCAGCGUGGCCUGCGAGGACUAUACCGAGACCUGCCUGGCCUGCCUCACGAACCUGGGUGACGUGCACGUGUUCUCGGUGCCCGGCCUGCGGCCCCAGGUGCACUACUCCUGUAUCCGCAAGGAGGACAUCAGCGGUAUCGCCUCCUGCGUGUUCACGCGCCACGGCCAGGGUUUUUACCUGAUUUCCCCCUCGGAGUUUGAACGCUUCUCCCUAAGUGCCCGAGACAUCACAGAGCCGCUUUGCUGUCUGGACAUCAGCUGGCACUGCGAUGCCGCCCAAACCCGGCUUCACGAGUCCCCCAAGUUGAGCCAGGCUAACGGAACCCCGGGCAUCAUCUUAGCCCCACAGACGUGUGAUGGGAGUCCUGGUCCUGCUCGAAGCACAUCUGCACCACCUGAGGCCACCCUCUCGCCAAUGUCCAUCGACUCAGCCACCAGUGCAGACACUACGUUGGACACAACAGGAGAUGUCACAGUAGAAGAUGUGAACGAUUUCCUGGGCUCGUCCGAGGAAUCCGAGAAGAAUCUGAGGAAUCUGGCUGAAGAUGAGGCUCGAGCUUGCGCCAUCCUGAUCAAAUGAGGAAGGCCAGAACUACCAGACUACCACCAGCUAGGAGCUGGAAUUCCGGACUCCUGGCCCAGCAGAGACCCACACCUUUUGACUUACGGGUCCAGCAGGACCUGCCCACUUCGGCCCAGGAUGUGGGCCCGAAGCUUUC